AUGGUGUUUUCAGCUGAAGUCGCCGCCAAGAAGCCCAAACAGAAACAGAAACAGUACUACACCCGCAGCCGAACGGGGUGUCUGACAUGCAGACAGCGCCACCAAAAAUGCGAUGAGGUGCGUCCGAUCUGUGGAAACUGCCUAUCAGUGCAGCGACAAUGCGAAUAUCCCUCUGCAGUCCUGCCGCUUCGCGAGCGCAGGAAGAAAUGUCUUCCAGGAGAGCAGCAACCUUGGACUGAUGCAGUGACCAUGCCUAAAGUCAUUGGAUCUUGCACAUCUGUCGCGACACGACCGAUACCAAUGGCAUAUCGAUCUGAUGAGCUGUUUCACUACUAUCCGUUUGACGUUGUGCCGAAGGAGAGACGACGAGGCUUGCUGCAAUCUGUUGCACAUAGCAGUGAUGCACUGCGCAACACCAUGCUCAUUGCUGGACUCCACUAUGCUUGGAACGCCGGCCAGCUCCAAUCCUACGAGCCCACUUUCUUGUUCCACAAGAUUCAGACAAUGAGUGAUGUGAAUAAGUUUCUUCAAAACUCAGAUAAGAAAUAUGCAGUUUGCGUGAGAAACAUUUCCACUUUGUGUUUCUCCGAGUGUGCACUCGGAAAUAUCGUUACAGCAGAGACACACAUGGAUGGUCUGAUGAGAUUCAUGGACCUUCACAGACCAACUCAUAUCACAAUACCCACAGAGCAUGGUCUGGAUGAUGAGUUGGCGAACCGAUGGGUUCUAUUUGCAUACAAUUUCAUCCACGGCUUCAAAAGCAGAGUCGAAGACGUCCUCGUCGACGCCAGCGUCACGAAAUCAGGUCAAAAGCCCCCACCAGCUCUAGUCGAAAAGCUCAUGCAUGAAUGGCACAAGCAUGAGAUGCAAGGUCUUGAUAUUCGACUCAAGGCGUUGAAGAUGCUACCCUUUUUCUUCAGUGAACUCCCCCCAGGUUCAACGUUUAUUGAGAUCGAUGGUACAGAGAUCGUGGAAUGCCUGGCUACGCUUACGACCACGUCUCGCAUGAGAGCGCAGGCGAUGGACUUUGAUAGUCAGCAGAUGAUAUGGCAGGAGGGCGCUGCUACGAGAUUACUUUUGCUCGUCGUUGGAUCACAUAUUGAGUCAAUCUCAAGCGACAGGAAAGCAACAAGGUCUUCUGGACCCCGUUCUUCCUUGACGUCGUCAUGGUCUGGCUUGAAUGCAGCAGUAGGUCUCUACCUCCAUACUAUCCUCAGGUUCUGGAAUGCUGGCGAUCCAAUCGAGCCAUCUCUUCAUCGUCGCGUCUUGUUUAUUCUCUACCAAGACCUUGAGCUUGGCAGACGUCGUUCUCGAGAUCUGUCAGAUCUUUGGCUUUGGAAAGCGUUUGUUGGUGCGAUGAGCCUUGACCGAGCGACUGCUUCUGCUGGUGGAAUGUUGGACGAGAUGCAGGUAGUCUUUGAAGGGUUCGUUAGAGAGUGGAGUGGAGUGACUAGGAUCACAGACUGGGAGGUCGCGAGACUGGCUCUGAGUACGGUUGUUUGGCCAGAGGUGUUCGUGUAUGAGGAUAUGGCGCGAGAACUGUGGUAUAGCUGUAUUCUGUAA